AUGAAUAUAAAAAGGAGAAUCAUAAGACCACCAGUUCCAAAAUUUAAUUUGAAUGAAUUUGAAACUAAUUCUCUAGAUCUACUUCCAAUUGAGAUAUAAAUUAAAGACUCAAAUUGUAAUUCAAGCAUAUUAGAUAAUAAUUCUGAUACUUCCUCUGAUGAUAAUUAGGAAUCUAAUUUUAAUCGUAAAAAACUAUCAGCAAUUGUUGAAGAAAUGAAAAACUAAAUAUCUCUUUUGGGAUUGAAUGAAGAUCUAUUAAAAAUUGCAUUACAACUCUUAUAACCUGACUUAUUGUCUGAACUCAGAUAAAAAAAAUACACUGCUAUUGCAAUUGCUAUUGCAGGGUUGAUUGCUGCCAUAAAAUAAACAAGCAUUCCAAUCACUCAGAGAGAAAUUUUAGCUAAAAUUUCAGUCUCAGAAAAAUUAAUUAAAAAAAUAUUACUCAAAAUUCACAACAAUUACAAAUUAGAACCAGUUGUUUAAGCAUUCAUAAAAUCAAUAUCAAACAAGUUAGGACUUAAUCAAAGAUUUGUUAAUUUCUGUGUUUAAGUAUUUAAUAAAAUCCAACAAAAUAAUUUAAUUUAAGGAGAACAUGAAAAUGUGAUUGCUGCUGCAAUAGUCAAAUAUAGUGGAGAUAUUAUUUUUGCAAGUAGAGGAGGUAUUUUAUCUUCAGUAAUUGCAUAAUAAGCUAAAUGUAGCAUUGGUACAUUUAAAAUGUUUCAUAAAAAAGUUAUGGAAAACUAAUACUUUAUUAUGCAAACUUUGAAGUCUUUAUCUUGA